UUUUUUUUUUUUUUUUUUUUUGGUUAUUUCAAUCGCUUAGCUUUCCAAAGCUCUUGCCUAGCUACUUCUGAUCUAUAUAGAAACUUCUUGGUCAUUUUGGUCUAAAACAAAUCUGGAUUUCUGAAGUCAGUUUCAUCUGGUUAUGCAUAUAUAAACAAGUUUAUGGUCAUCUUCUGGUGCUGGGAUUUGAAGAAUCACAUUGGUUUUUGAUGCAAUGAGAAAGUUGCAGAUUUUAGCAUGGAUAUCAGGUAAAUGUCUAUGGAUUUCGGCAUUAGCAAUUACUGUAGUGUUAUUAGGAGCAUUAUCUAAGUCAUCUACAAAUAGGGUCAUUUCCAAUAAAAUCAAUGUUUUUGAUGAUAUACAACUACCAAUGAGAGUUCCAUUAAAAGGGAAUGGCUAUCCUCCUAUUCUUGCUUAUUGGAUCUGUGGCACCAAUGGAGACAUUAAGAAAAUGCUGAGGCUUCUUAAGGCAAUAUACCAUCCAAGAAACCAGUAUCUUCUGCAACUCGAUGCGGAUUCAUCAGAUUAUGAAAGGGAAGAGCUUGCAGUUUCUGUUGAAUCCGAUAGGGUUUUUCGAUCGUUUGGAAAUGUUAAUGUUGUUGGAAAAAGUUAUGCCAUUAAUCAAAUGGGAGGCUCAGCUGUUGCUGCAACUCUUCAUGCUGCUGCAUUGCUUCUUAAGCUUAGUAUUGGAUGGGACUGGUUUAUUACAUUGAGUGCUUCUGAUUAUCCUCUCAUGACUCAAGAUGAUCUUCUCCAUGCUUUCACUUUCUUGCCAAGGAAUCUCAAUUUCAUCUUAUAUAACAGAACUCGCUGGAAAGAGCGGCAAGAGAUAAAUCGAGUUGUCGUUGAUCCAAGUUUAUAUCUCCAAAAGAGUGCUCCAAUCAUGUAUGCUGUAGAAACCAGAGAAAACCCAGAUGCUUUCAAUGUAUUUGGUGGUUCACCCUGGGUGAUUCUAACAAGAGAUUUCAUGGAGUACUGUGUAAAAGCAUGGGAUAAUUUCCCAAGAAAGUUGCUAAUGUACCACAGCAAUAUGAUAAACCCUCUAGAAUCAUACUUCCACACAGUCCUAUGCAAUUCACCACCUGAUCUUCAAAGUACCAUAAUCAACAACCAUCUUAGGUACAUUGUUUGGGGGUCUUCCACAGAUGGGGAACCACAAUUCCUGACCAUGUCAAACUUUGAGCAAAUGCUUGAAAGCAAAGCAGCUUUCGCUAGACCUUUUCGAGAAGAUGAUCCGGUGCUAGACGAUAUCGAUGAAAGCGUUAUAAACAGACCUCCUGGUGGAUUUGUGCCUGGAGAAUGGUGCUCUAGACAUGGGAAGAAUAAUAAGAGCUUUGAGAAUGGUACAGAGGCUGAUAAUGAAGAAUUUUGUGGAAGUUGGAGCAAUAUUAACAGUGUCAAACCAGGUACUCAAGGUAUAAAACUUAGAAUUUUGUUGAGCAAACUUGCUGCUGAUGUGGGAAAGAAGAGAAGUAAUCAGUGUCAAAACCAAAUGGUAAAUUGAUCAAUUAUAGGAAUAUUAUUGCAAAAAAAUAUAUUUAUUUGCUUCCUCAUAUGGACAGUUUUUUUGGCAAAAGAGAGAAAAAACUAUAUAUAGCAUUUUUUUUUAAUCCAAUUAGGAUUGUUGAUCAUUUUGCAUAUAGGUUA